UCUCGGGAUGUUCUCUGACUUCUCUGCUCCAAUGGGCGGGGAGUAGGGGGACACGAGGGAGGCUGAUGGGAAGAAAGUCUGUGAGUGAGAGGAAAGUGAGUCGGCGGGAGGGUCGCGUCCCUGUUACGGUUACGGGGGAUGAUCGCUAAUAUACAAUAAGCAGCCGCAGGACUAUUUAUAUUACACCGGGACGCUCAGCCGAUGACAUUGCAGAAAAAGCAGCGACAACUGCCCGACUGGGUCCCCUCAGAGUUGGGGAGGAGAGUUCCAAAGGUUCCGCGCCCCCAGGACCCCGCGCUGGUCCCCUCCCCCACACGCCUCCUUCCUGCACCUCGUCCUGGGCUGGGCUGAAGCCCCCAAAGUGCUUGUCGUCCUGUUGCUUGCCCAGCAGCUCGGGCUCAGCGCGGAGGCGGAGGAGGAGGAGGGCGAUGGAGCAGGUGCCGGAGGACUCGAGCCCCCCUUCCUCCCUCCAGAGUCGGCUGUGGAAGAGUCUGCAGCUCGGGAAGGCGCGUAGAAGCAGCGCUAAGACUGGAGGCAAUUCAGGGACACCGAGUCCUUCCCCGCAGCCCACACGGAACAAGAAUCAGGCGGCGCAGCCGAUGCUCCAGGAGGUCGUACCCGGCAUGAUCCGCUGGAGCGGACUGAGGGGGAAGAAGCAGAUGCUGGAUCGGGUUUUCUCGUCUUCCCAGCCGAACCUGUGCUGCUCUGUUGAGGAAUCUCUGCCGCCCAGCGCCCCCUGCAGCAGUCCCGGCAGCAUCAGCAGCACCCCCGAGCCUGGAUCUGCCCUCCGCCGCCUCAAGGAUCACCUCUUGCCGCACAAUCGGGGCGCUCAGGUGAGGGACAAGGAUGGAGACGGACAGCAGCUUCCGGCAGCCAAAUCUGGGGGAUCCCCCUCUCCCACCACCUCGGGGAAGGGGCACCGUCUGUCCCACCAGAAGAGCAGCUCCCUGCCCGGCACUGACUGUCUGCAACGCGCUCUGCAGCAACAACAACAACAGCCGCUCAGCACCAAGGACAGCGACCCCGCCAACAGCAAAGCUUGCGGCCAGACGAAGAACAACAACAACGUGGGGACAUGUACAACUGACUAUUCAUUCCCUAAUCUCGGAAUGUUCCAGCUGGAUGUCACAUUGAAGAAUGGGAGCAAUUUAGCAGCACGUGAUCGAGGAGGGACAAGUGAUCCUUAUGUUAAGUUUAAAAUUGGAGGAAAAGAGGUGUUUCGGAGCAAGACCAUUCACAAGAAUCUCAAUCCUGUUUGGGAUGAAAAAGUGUGCCUGUUUAUUGACAGUCUAAAAGAUCCUUUAUAUGUAAAGGUAUUUGAUUAUGACUUUGGUUUUCAAGAUGACUUUAUGGGUUCAGCGUUUCUGGACCUCACAACGGUGGAGCUGAACAGUUCCAAAGAUGUUGCACUGGAUUUAAGGGACCCGCAGCAUUCUGAUCAUAAGCUGGGAACCAUACAUUUAACUGUUGCUAUGUCUCCAAAGGACAAUGUCUGCAUUGAUUCACCAUUAUCGAUCCUCAAGUCAACAGAACAAAACACAAUAAUAAAGAAGAACUGGAAAAGGUCGAGUAAGUUUCAGACCCAAAGUUUAAAGCUGUCAGACUUGCACAGAAGGACACAGCUAUCAAGAGAGAUAGUGAGCAUUACCCUUAUCGAGGGACAGGAGCUCAAAGCUAUGGAUGCUAAUGGAUUAAGUGAUCCCUAUGUGAAAUUCCGACUUGGACAUCAGAAGUACAAGAGCAAGACUCUUCCUAAAACAUUGAACCCACAGUGGAGGGAGCAGAUUGAUAUGCAUAUUUUAGAGGACCAAGGAGGAGUAAUUGAAAUCACUGUAUGGGAUAAAGAUGCCGGCAAGAGGGAUGACUUCAUUGGAAGGUGCCAUGUGGACCUUUCAACCUUGAGUAAAGAGCAGACACACAAACUGAAGCUGAAGCUGGAAGAAGGAGAAGGAUGGCUGGUCCUUUUGGUGACCCUGACAGCCUCAGCUGCCAUUACAGUUUCGGAUCUGACUGUCGGCUGUCUGGAGGAUCAGAAUGAGCGUCAGGCAAUUUUCAGGAGAUACAGUCUUAUGCGAUCAUUUACCAAUCUUGAAGAUGUUGGUCUCGUACAAGUUAAGGUCAUCAGAGCUGACGGUUUGAUGGCAGCUGAUGUCACAGGUAAAAGUGACCCAUUUUGUGUUGUUGAGGUGAACAAUGACAGACUGAUGACUCACACUGUAUAUAAGAACCUCAAACCUGAGUGGAACAAAAUAUUCACAUUCAAUAUAAAAGAUAUCCACUCAGUCCUUGAAGUGACAGUCUAUGACGAAGACCGAGAUCGUAGUGCUGAUUUCCUGGGCAAAGUUGCAGUACCCUUGUUGUCUAUUCAAAAUGGUGAACAGAAAGCCUAUGUCUUGAAAAACAAGCAGCUGACAGGGCCAACAAAGGGGGUCAUCUAUCUUGAAGUAGAUGUGAUUUUUAAUGCUGUAAAGGCAUGUCUGGGGUCACUGGUACCAAAGGAACAGAAAUACAUUGAGGAUGAGCCAAGGCUCUCUAAACAGUUACUGCUAAGGAACUUUAUCCGCAUGAAGCGCUGUGCCAUGGUGCUCGUCAAUGCUGCCUACUACAUUAACAGCUGCUUUGAUUGGGACUCACCCCAAAGGAGUCUUGCUGCUUUUCUGAUCUUUCUUCUUGUGGUAUGGAAUUUUGAAUUGUACAUGAUUCCCCUGGCAUUGUUGCUGUUAUUGGCUUGGAACUAUUUCUUAAUCAUAUCAGGAAAGGACAACCGAACUCAUGACACGGUAGUGGAGGACAUGUUAGAGGACGAAGAGGAGGAGGAUGACAAAGAUGACAAGGAUUGUGAGAAGAAAGGGUUUAUGAAUAAACUCUAUGCCAUCCAAGAGGUGUGUGUGAGUGUCCAGAAUGUUCUUGAUGAAGUUGCCUCCAUUGGCGAACGGAUAAAAAACACUUUCAACUGGACAGUCCCAUUCUUAACCUGGCUGGCGAUUAUUGCCCUCUGCCUUCUCACAGUAGGGCUGUAUUUUAUUCCGCUGAGAUACAUCGUCCUUGUAUGGGGAAUCAAUAAAUUUACAAAGAAAAUACGGAACCCUGAUAUGAUUGACAACAAUGAAAUUCUUGACUUUCUCUCCAGGGUUCCUUCAGAUGUACAAGUGGUGCAGUUUCAUGAACUGAAACCAGAUGCCAGGGAUAGUCCAAGCAAGAGGAAGAAAAAUAAUCUUGGCUAGCCAACUCUACGCAUCGCGGAGAAAGGCAUCUGCUCGCAGGAGAUAAAAGGAAGCCCUACAGCCUCACAUGCAUUUCCAUUGUUUAUGUUAACUUUUUCUCGUAAUUUUUUAUCAUGAUGGAGACAUUUUGUAAAUAUUGUAUAGAGACAGAUAAACACUGUACAAAAC